AUGUUCCGAAACGAUAUGGAAGAGAAUGCGACCAACGUUGUUAAGAUUUCAGACAUCGGUCAAGACGUUUUCGAAGAGAUAUUACGUUAUAUUUAUUGCGGAAAGGUGAAAAAUUUGGAGAAAUUGGUUUACGAAAUACUGCCCGAAGCGAAUAAGUACGACUUGAAACAACUAAUGGUUUUGUGUGAAAAAAUGUUGGCGGAGCAAUUAUCUAAGGAUAACGCGAUCAAGAUUUUGAUACUGGCUCAUACUCAUGAUGCAGUUUGGUUGAAGACGGAAGCUCUCGAAUUCAUCAAGUUGCAUGCACGUUCGGCGGAUGUGAAGGGCUCUGAAAUUUGGAACGUUCUUACCUCGUUUCAUCCUGAUUUGAUGGCGGAGAUGCUUACUGUACUUCUUGACAAGUGA